AUGCUGUCAAGAAUUACUGCUUCUCAUUACAGAAUUGCUUUGGCUACUCGCCAUUAUGCUUCCAAGGCGGGACAAGUUCUGAUUUCCAAGCACGUUCAGGAUGUUGAUCCCGAGAUGCAUGACAUUUUGACCAAAGAACGUCACAGACAAAAGCACUCGGUGACGCUCAUUCCCAGCGAAAACUUUACAUCGAAGUCUGUCAUGGAUCUGUUGGGGUCUGAGAUGCAAAACAAGUAUUCCGAGGGUUACCCAGGCGAGCGUUAUUAUGGUGGUAACCAGUACAUCGACAUGGCGGAGUCGCUUUGCCAAAAACGUGCUUUGGACUUGUACCGUCUAGACCCCGAAAAAUGGGGUGUCAACGUGCAGCCAUUGAGUGGUGCGCCUGCCAACUUGUACACUUAUUCUGCUAUCAUGCAAGUUGGCGAUCGUCUCAUGGGUUUGGACCUCCCACACGGCGGUCACCUGUCGCACGGUUACCAAUUGGCCAGCGGAACCAAAAUUUCUUACGUUUCCAAGUACUUCCAAACCAUGCCAUACCACGUAGACCCGGACACCGGUAUCAUUGAUUAUAAUGCUUUGAGCAUGACGUCCAAGCUCUUCAGACCAAAAGUGAUUGUUGCAGGUGCCUCUGCUUAUCCAAGAAGUUUGGACUACAAGAAAUUCAAGGAUAUCUCUAACGCAUGCGGCGCUUAUUUGAUGAGCGACAUGGCACACAUUUCUGGUCUUGUCGCCGCGGGUGUCACUCCUUCGCCAUUCGAACACUCCGACAUCGUAACCACCACCACCCAUAAGUCUUUGAGAGGGCCUCGUGGUGCUAUGAUUUUCUUUAGAAAGGGUGUCAGAAAGGUCACGAAGAAGGGCAAAGAAGUUCUCUACGAUUUGGAACAGAAGAUCAACUUCUCUGUCUUCCCUGGCCACCAAGGUGGCCCACACAACCACACCAUCUCGGCCCUAGCUGUUGCUCUAAAGCAGGCUUCUACACCUGAAUUCAAGGAGUAUCAGCAAGCGGUCGUUGAGAAUGCUUCUCAAUUCAGUGAAGCUCUGUCUAAGCGCGGAUUCCAGCUUGUGUCAGGUGGAACCGACACUCACCUCGUUUUAGUAAAUUUGUCAAACAUUGGUAUCGACGGUGCCCGUCUUGAGACUAUCUUGGAACAUAUCAAUAUUGCCGCCAAUAAAAACACGGUUCCCGGGGAUAAGUCCGCUCUUUUCCCAUCCGGUUUGAGGGUUGGUACCCCAGCCAUGACAACGAGAGGUUUCGGCUCUGCUGAGUUCGUCAAAGUGGCUGAAUACAUCGACAGAGCUGUUAAGCUAGCCAUCGGACUCAAGUCUCAGGAGUCUUCAGAUGCUACCGAUGCCAGAUCCAAAUUAGCUGAUUUCAAAAGACUCUGUGCCCAAUCCAAGGAGGUGCAGAACUUGAGCAAAGAAGUUUCCGAGUGGGUGGGUCAAUAUCCCGUUCCCGGUGAAUUGUAA